CAUUAGAUUAGUAGUUCGUUGAGGUUUAAUUAUCAUCUUUUAAUGCAAUCAAUCACGUACAUAAAUAGUAUAUCUUCAGCAAGGAGUCAUUAUACUAUAAUCUUACCACGCGUCUACAAAUUUUAUCUGCAAAAUUCGGUAUAAUUCCGAAAAACAUGCCCAUUUUUCAGUCGAAGAUCUAGGCACACACCACCAACAGCAGUCUUCUCCUCUUUCUUCAACUCACAUUUUCGGUUUUAACCCGUUGGAUUUAAGGUAAUUUGCGGAAGAGAUGGAGAGAGUGCGUCAGUGGAGCAGUGAGUCCGGCGGCGGGUCUCCGGCGCGUGGCAGUCAUGUGCGGUCCUCGUCCGUGAGUGGCAUGUCAAGCAUCAAGCGCACGCAGAAUUAUGCGGCGAAAGCUGCGGCUCAGCGGCUGGCUCAAGUCAUGGCUUCACAGGCCGCUGCCGACAAUGACGAUGAUGAGGAUGAGGUUGGUGACGGGGACAAUGAUGGAGAUUUAGGGCUCCGAUUCAAUCCUCCGCUUCCAUUGUCUCUCUCCAGGCCUCCUGUCAAGAGUAAUGGCGCUAAUAAUGGUGGUGGCGGGGUUAAUCCUGUGAUUCCGUCGACUAAGAUCAGUAGAUCUUCUUCUGAUGCGGUAACUCGCAACUUACUGGAUGGAGUCCUACCAGCUCGCUCAACUUCAACAGGAAGGCCGUCGUUGUCUAUUAGAACAACACCCUCUGCACCUCCUAGUAGGACUUCGUUGAAAACUCCUGCGCCUAUUCCACCUAUUGAUCCUCCUAGCAACCGGCAAAGAGAAAAGAAGUUUUCACCAGAGUUAGGACAGUUAAAUUUAAAAGAUGCGGGAGAGGGGCGUGCUUCUUCUGCGCUUCGCGAUGAACUAGAUAUGCUACAAGAGGAAAAUGAAAAUGUUCUCGAAAAGCUCCGACUUGCAGAGGAGAGUUGUGAAGCGGCCGAAGCAAGAGUCAAGGAACUUGAGAAACAGGUUGCUGCUCUUGGAGAAGGAGUUUCUUUGGAAGCUAAACUUUUGAGCAGGAAGGAAGCUGCAUUGCGUCAAAGAGAGGCUGCACUCAAGGAGGCCAAGCAAGCAAAAGAUGGGGUAGAUGUGGAAAUGUCAUCAUUACAAUCUGCUGUUAAGAUCGCAAAAAAGGAGGCUGCAACUGUUGUUGAACAACUUCGUGGAACUGAAUCUGAAGUUAAAGCACUUCGAUCUAUGACACAAAGACUGGUGUUAACCCCACAUGAAAUGGAAGAGGUUGUUCUUAAAAGGUGCUGGCUUGCGAGAUACUGGGGCUUAGCUGCUCAACUGGGUAUCUGUGCGGAUAUUGCUUUGUCAAAGCAUGAAUAUUGGUCAUCUUUGGCACCUCUUCCUCUAGAAGUUGUUCUAUCUGCUGGACAGAAGGCUAAAGAAGAAUGCUGGGAGAAAGGUGACAACAAUCCACAAAGGGGUAAACUUGUUGAGGACUUCAAUGAUCUCACUGGAGAAGGAAACAUUGAGAGUAUGCUAACAGUUGAAAUGGGCUUAAAGGAACUAGCCUCCUUGAAGGUUGAGGAAUCUAUUGUGCUUGCAUUUGCUCAACAAAGACGUCCAAACUCGACUAGGACAUCAUUGACAGAUUUCAAGUCACCGAUUGAUCCCAAGUAUAUGGAAGCAUUUGAACUCAGCCCAGAGGAGUCUGAAGAUGUCCUGUUCAAGGAGGCAUGGCUUACAUACUUUUGGCGAAGAGCUAAAGCUUAUGGUAUCGAGGAGGAAAUAGCCAAUAAGAGACUGAAAUUCUGGAUCAGCCGCAGCGGGCAAUCACCGACCUCGCAUGAUGCUGUUGAUGUGGAGCAAGGUUUAAUGGAGCUGCGGAAAUUGGAAAUUGAGCAUCGACUCUGGGAAGCAUCCCGCAAAGAAAUAGACCAGGACGAUUCCCUUCUUAAUGGACGAAAAUCUGCUGCAUAGUCAGGAGGUUUCAACUCUCUAAGAUCCAAAACAAUAAUGUAUUUUCCACUAGUUCUCACUUAUAAUAUAUUUACCAGACAUAAUUUUGACCUUACUAAAGUAUAUCUUGCCGAGCUAUUAAUCUCAUUUUGUAAGUAGAGUUAUUGCGUUUAAA